AACAACAACGCCGCCAAAACGCGUUGUCGGCAAACAAUUGUUGUGAAAUUUUUAACGAUUUUAUAAGUUAAUUCAUUACAAAACCAAUUAAUUGUUUUUUGUUUAGACGUUUAAAGUGCUAUCGCACUUUGGAAAACCGGCAUCAUGAUGUACGACAACGAGGAAGAGCUGUACGAGGAGGAGAAUGCCAUGGAGAUCUCCCACGAGCUGUGGCAGGAAGCUUGUUGGAUCGUAAUAAACGCCUACUUCGACGAGAAGGGCUUGGUGCGCCAGCAGCUAGACAGUUUCGAUGAGUUCAUUCAGAUGUCGGUGCAGCGCAUCGUGGAGGACUCCCCGGCCAUCGAACUGCAGGCGGAGGCUCAACACACAUCUGGCGAAGUCGAAACACCACCGAGAUUCUCCCUAAAGUUCGAGCAAAUCUAUCUGUCGAAGCCCACGCAUUGGGAGAAGGACGGUUCACCUAGUCCUAUGAUGCCGAAUGAGGCCCGUCUGCGAAAUCUUACUUACUCCGCUCCCCUUUACGUGGAUAUUACAAAAACCAAGAACGUCGAGGGACUGGACCCCGUAGAAACGCAGCACCAGAAGACUUUCAUCGGCAAAAUUCCCAUUAUGUUGAGAUCCACCUACUGCCUGCUGUCUCAGCUCACCGAUCGUGAUCUUACGGAGCUAAAUGAGUGCCCGCUGGAUCCCGGCGGCUAUUUCAUUAUUAACGGAUCGGAGAAAGUGCUUAUUGCCCAGGAGAAGAUGGCCACCAACACAGUUUACGUGUUUAGCAUGAAGGACGGCAAAUAUGCUUUUAAAACCGAGAUUCGUUCAUGCUUAGAACACAGCUCUCGACCCACAUCAACGCUGUGGGUAAACAUGAUGGCCAGGGGAUCACAAAAUAUCAAAAAGUCGGCCAUUGGUCAGAGAAUCAUUGCUAUAUUGCCGUACAUCAAACAGGAGAUACCGAUCAUGAUUGUGUUCCGAGCACUUGGCUUCGUGGCUGAUCGCGAUAUUCUGGAGCACAUUAUCUACGACUUUGAUGAUCCCGAAAUGAUGGAAAUGGUGAAACCAUCUCUGGAUGAGGCUUUCGUAGUGCAAGAGCAAAACGUAGCGUUGAAUUUCAUCGGCGCCAGAGGCGCUCGGCCUGGAGUCACAAAAGACAGGCGUAUCAAGUAUGCCAAAGAAAUCUUGCAGAAGGAAAUGCUGCCGCACGUGGGAGUUUCAGAUUUCUGUGAAACCAAGAAGGCGUACUUCCUCGGCUACAUGGUGCACCGCCUGCUGCUGGCCUCCUUGGGUAGGAGAGAACUCGAUGACCGAGAUCACUAUGGAAACAAGCGUCUUGAUCUCGCCGGACCACUGCUGGCCUUCCUCUUCCGUGGAUUAUUUAAGAACUUGAUGAAGGAGGUGCGCAUGUACACGCAGAAGUUCAUCGAUCGCGGAAAGGACUUCAACCUGGAGCUGGCCAUUAAGACCAAUAUUAUUACGGAUGGUCUGCGGUAUUCUCUGGCUACUGGCAACUGGGGCGACCAGAAGAAGGCCCAUCAGGCAAGAGCCGGCGUCUCCCAGGUGUUGAAUCGUCUGACUUUCGCCUCUACGCUGUCUCAUUUGAGGCGCGUUAACUCGCCCAUUGGAAGAGAUGGCAAACUGGCCAAACCUCGUCAGCUGCACAACACUCUGUGGGGCAUGCUGUGUCCCGCUGAAACUCCCGAGGGAGCUGCUGUGGGUCUGGUGAAGAACCUCGCCCUCAUGGCUUAUAUAUCCGUCGGAUCACAACCUUCGCCCAUUCUUGAGUUCUUGGAGGAAUGGUCUAUGGAAAAUCUUGAGGAGAUUGCACCAUCCGCCAUCGCUGAUGCCACCAAGAUCUUUGUGAAUGGAUGCUGGGUGGGCAUCCAUCGUGAUCCUGAGCAACUGAUGGCCACGCUCCGAAAACUGCGUCGCCAGAUGGACAUCAUCGUGUCGGAGGUGUCGAUGAUCCGGGACAUUCGAGAUCGUGAGAUCCGAAUUUAUACAGAUGCAGGUCGUAUUUGUAGGCCACUCCUCAUCGUGGAGAACGGAUCACUGCUGCUUAAGAAGACCCAUGUGGAGAUGUUGAAGGAGCGUGACUACAACAACUACAGUUGGCAGGUUCUGGUGGCCUCCGGAGUGGUGGAAUACAUCGAUACCCUCGAGGAAGAAACGGUCAUGAUUGCCAUGUCCCCGUAUGAUCUGAAGCAGGACAAGGAUUACGCAUAUUGUACAACUUACACGCAUUGCGAAAUUCAUCCGGCCAUGAUCCUGGGCGUGUGCGCCUCCAUUAUUCCCUUCCCCGAUCACAACCAGAGUCCGCGUAACACCUAUCAAAGUGCUAUGGGUAAACAAGCUAUGGGUGUGUAUAUCACCAACUUCCAUGUGCGUAUGGAUACGCUGGCCCACGUGUUGUACUAUCCUAUGAAGCCGCUCGUGACCACACGUUCUAUGGAGUAUCUGCGUUUCCGAGAACUACCUGCUGGUAUCAACUCAAUCGUGGCCAUUCUGUGCUAUACGGGUUACAAUCAGGAGGAUUCUGUCAUCCUGAACGCCUCCGCUGUGGAGCGUGGAUUCUUCCGCUCGGUUUUCUACCGUUCCUACAAGGAUUCGGAGAACAAGCGUGUGGGUGACCAGGAGGAGAACUUCGAGAAGCCUCAUCGCGGCACCUGCCAGGGAAUGAGGAAUGCUCACUACGAUAAGCUGGACGACGAUGGAAUUAUUGCUCCUGGAAUUCGUGUUUCCGGUGAUGAUGUGGUUAUUGGCAAGACUAUUACACUCCCUGAAAACGACGAUGAACUGGACAGCAAUACAAAGCGCUUUUCAAAGCGAGAUGCAUCCACUUUCCUGCGAAACUCCGAGACUGGCAUUGUGGACCAGGUGAUGCUGACGCUCAACAGCGAGGGCUACAAGUUCUGCAAGAUUCGAGUGCGUUCAGUGCGCAUUCCGCAGAUCGGCGAUAAGUUUGCUUCACGUCACGGACAAAAAGGAACGUGCGGUAUCCAGUAUCGUCAGGAGGAUAUGGCCUUUACCUGCGAAGGCUUGGCUCCGGAUAUCAUCAUUAAUCCCCACGCCAUUCCAUCCCGUAUGACAAUCGGUCACUUGAUCGAGUGCCUGCAGGGCAAACUGGGAUCCAAUAAGGGCGAGAUUGGUGAUGCUACGCCAUUUAACGAUGCCGUCAACGUGCAGAAGAUCUCCACGUUCUUGCAGGAGUAUGGCUAUCAUCUGCGAGGCAACGAGGUCAUGUACAACGGACACACUGGCCGAAAGAUCAAUGCGCAGGUAUUCUUGGGACCCACCUACUAUCAGCGUCUAAAGCACAUGGUGGACGACAAGAUCCACUCGCGUGCCCGUGGUCCAGUCCAGAUCCUUGUGCGUCAGCCUAUGGAGGGUCGUGCCCGCGACGGUGGCUUGCGUUUCGGUGAGAUGGAGCGUGAUUGCCAGAUCUCCCACGGCGCCGCUCAGUUUCUGCGAGAGCGUCUAUUCGAGGUCUCCGAUCCGUAUCGCGUGCACAUCUGCAAUUUCUGUGGUCUAAUCGCGAUUGCCAAUCUGCGCAACAACACGUUUGAGUGCAAGGGCUGCAAGAACAAGACGCAGAUCUCCCAGGUGCGACUCCCGUAUGCGGCCAAACUGCUCUUCCAGGAGCUAAUGUCCAUGAACAUUGCACCUCGCCUGAUGGUCAAUUAAUCAUCUGCGGCUCGCUGUCCCGACCACUUUAACGCCCUAAGCUAAAUGUUAGCAGUUAAUUAUUAAAUUACCAUAAUUUUGACAACUCAA